UUAAUCAAAACCUUAUAACAAUCUAUAAAGAUAACUUUACCUACAAGAGAAUGUUAACAAGAGGCAAUUAGUGCAUAAGCAUGACUUAUCUCUCAGCAGUUCUCUCCACUCCAACUUCUACUCUGCCAUUCAGAUGUAGAAUUGAUUCCCAUCCUUCACAACCAAAUCUUCUUUUUGCACCCCCACGACCAAAAUUCAACACCACCAACAUCAUAUUACCAUCAUCAGUAGCUGCUGAUUCUGCAAAAUGGAGGAACAUGGUUUCAAUCUUCCAAGGUUUUCUAACUGGAGGAAGAGGAAAUGAUGUUGAGAGUCUUAAAGUUGAGCUCUAUGAAACAAUUGAGCCACUUGAACGUGGUGCUGAGGCUACCCCUGAGGACCAACAACGUGUGGACAAGAUUGCUCGUAAACUUGAGGCUAUGAACUCUGUUAAGGAGCCUCUCAACUCUGAUUUGCUUAAUGGAAAAUGGGAGCUUUUAUAUACUACAUCUCAAUCAAUUUUGCAAACACAGAGACCAAAAUUCCUGCGACCAAAUGGAAAGAUCUACCAGGCAAUUAAUACAGAUACAUUGAGAGCUCAAAAUAUAGAAACUUGGCCGUUUUACAACCAGGCCACUGCCAAUUUAGUGCCACUUAACUCAAGAAGGGUGGCUGUCAAGUUUGACUUCUUCAAAAUUGCUAGUUUGAUACCUAUAAAAUCAUCUGGGAGUGGUCGUGGCCAAUUAGAAAUCACCUAUUUGGAUGAAGAUUUAAGAAUAUCAAGAGGUAAUAGAGGCAACUUGUUUAUCUUGAAAAUGGUAGAUCCAUCCUAUAGAGUCCCUCUUUGAUGUGAGUGAGUGUUCCAAGAUUUGCUGCUGGUUGUGGAUGGCUUUAACUUACAUUUUCCUUUAUAAACAAAUUCAAACCUCUCUGUUUUAUAUAUUUUUUUCACGAAAAUAUUAAAAUUUUGUAAUACAGUUUUAAUUAGUUAAAUGCUUGGGGCACAUGUAACAUGUUAGCAUUUGCCAUAAUAAAUAAGUAUCCAUGACCCAACAA